GGAAACCUUCUUCCAGGCACACACGAGCUCAUGAUUCUCGUGAUACGUGCUCCACAGCCAGCAGCUCGGGACGUGCACACCUGGAGAAUGACCGCCGAGAAUUUCGACGGGACCCCGGGCGGAGGAGCACUGCGCCGUGCUGGCUGGCCAUGGGGGCCUCGGAUGUUCCGAGACGGCUGAGACUGCUGCUGUUAUGGAAGCUGCAGGACCAAAUGUUUUCGUCCUCACUGAUGCUCUGGCUGGAGGGCAGCCCCCCCCUCCCGGGGUCGAUUGAGAUUGGGGCAAAGUCUUUGGGCGAGCUGGAGAGCUAUGGAGGCGCUCGAUAGGCAGACAGCCCAAAGCAGUGAGUUGCGCACGAAGAAUGAAAGUCAAUGGUGCCUGAGACUUCAUCCACGUUCGGUUCGGUUUCCUGCUCCUGACAGGGCUUCUUUCCUCGCCUGCCUCUGGAGAGAGGGACUGAUCUCGGCCCAGCCCAGCCCGAACCCUUUGCCAGGGUUGAGCAGAUAGACUGCUGCUUCACGGGUGCGUACUCGCAACGGCUUCCUCUCGAAGACCAGUCUCAUUUCAUCAAGUCUGCGAGAUGAAAUGGUCAGCGUCAGCACCCAUCAUCGGCGGAGCAUUUUCCGAAUCUGGACGACGUCCUUCGAAAUGGGGUCCGUCGAGAGAACAGAUCGAUUGAUUUGGAGAAGUGAUCGCGAUUGUUUGCAUUUCAUCAGGCAGGCUUGCAUCGAUGGUGUAGUUGGGCAAACUUUGUGUGUGAUGGGAUGGUGGAUGGAUGGAUGGGCCAUAUUGGGUUGGGUAUGGAUGCGGCCACGGCAAGACCAUUGGGAGCAGCAGAGGAACAAGGGAAGGUACAGUCGAUGGAUUGGAAGGAGCCCAAACGCUCAUACCUUCCGCAGCAUCAAAUUGAUGUCACUCAUAAGCAAACAUAAACACGUCAUCCCAGCAUGUCCAGUUGGUCGAGUUUGGCUGUCAUGUCAAAUAAGAGCGAUGCUGAAGCUGUCCUGUUUGAACACAUUGGGUGGUGGUUUUGAUUUUCUUGUUAGUUUUUAUUUUAUUUUAUUUUUUUAUAAUAAGAAAAACUCCCAUUUCCAGUAC